UAAAAUUACUGAUGACUGCAUUGAACCAGAUAAACGAAUCAAUCCAAGAUAAUGACACCCAGGAAUCUGAGUAUUCUGAGCUGGAACGCUAGGUCGUUCCUCUCGAAUCACUCAGCAAUAAUAAACUACGCUAAUAACUCGAACAUCGAUAUACUCUUAAUUAGCGAGACCUGGAUCCGUCCUGGAGUAAGGGUCUCGACGCCAGGCUACAGAGCCAUACAUAACCGUAGGGAUGACGGAAAGGGUGGAGUAUCUAUCCUCCUCGCCAAGAAAUACAACUGCCCCAUGCACAUUCCCAUGUUCGUGCAUCCUAGACUGGCUCAAUUUGCUACCAUUCGGAUUGCGGGCAUCGAGAUCGUCGCUGUUUACAUACCUCCGGACGUUUACUUCAAUAGAGGUAGCUGGGACCGGUUAAUCGGCACAUUGAAUCCUCCAUUUAUUCUUGCGGGUGACUUUAACGCCCAUCAUACAUAUUGGGGUCAUAACGGGGAUAAUAGGAACGGUCGCGAGUUGGCCUACACAAUGGAUAAACACAACCUGGUUAUCAUCAACGAUAUGCGACCAACUAGGAUCGCUUUUCCGAGGACUAGCCUGCUGGAUCUUGUCCUGGUGUCCGCCGAUCUCGUUACCUCCUCGUCGUCGCGUACAUUGGAUGAUUCACUGGGCAGCGAUCAUUUGCCCGUCCUGUCGAACGUCUCUCUAGGCCCCCAUCAGACGCCGGAACCUAGCCGCAGUACUACUCAAAGUACGCGUCUGAAGUACAACAAAAUCAAAUGGGAGGACUACCGCUCACAGGUCUCGGAGGAAACGGCUCAAAUCCCGGAGUUUACCAUCGAUUCGUUGUCCGAACUACUGCUCCGAGUUGCAAAGAAGUGCUCCCCUCAGACUGUUAACAGAGGUUUCUCCUACAAACCACCCUGCCCCUGGUGGGAUGCGGAGUGUAGCGCUGCGACGGAAAGAAGGAGAAGAUUCCUUAGGAUCUUCCACCACACGGGCAAACUCGAACACCUAAUUGCGGCCAGGAGGGUCAUGGCGGAGACGCGUCGUCUCCUGAAACAAAAGAAGAGGGAUAGUUUCAAAGAGUUCUGCGAAUCCUUGGGCAGGGAAUCCCCCUCUACACAGGUGUGGAAAAGGAUCAGGGUUUUUAAUAGAGGAGUCACUGGGGAGAGGUCGCUUGGAUUAAAUGAACAGCUGUGGAGAGAUCCCUUCCUUAAAAAGCUCACCCCAGAGGAACCUCAACUGCCUAUUGAAAUACUGGAUCCUGCCCCCUACGAGGAAGAUGAUACCCUUAACCUCCCAAUUAGCUCGGAGGAAUUGGAGCGUGUUCUCUGCAGAUCCAAGGACACGGCUGUGGGUCAGGACGAGAUCUCGUAUGGCAUGUUGAGGAAUCUAGACGAGUACAGCAGAGGGAUUUUGUGCGCUCUUUUUAAUGACGUGUUGCUCUCGGGGAUAGUGCCGUGCAGCUGGAACAGAGCUACCGUCGUUCCUAUUCUUAAGGGCAAUCUACCACAAGACCAGGCAUCCAGCUAUAGACCUAUCGCUCUGAUCUCUUGUGUGAGGAAAACUUUAGAAUCGAUCAUCAAAAACAGGCUAGAGCGGUGGGCUGAGAGCAGAGAUCUGUUUCCGCCUAACGUCACAGGCUUCCGCAAGGGUAGAGGCGCAGCUGACAACCUAUACACUCUAGUUGCGGCUAUUUACAGUGGUCUGGCUAGAAAGGAACAUACUUUAGUGUGCUUUAUUGACAUCAAGGCAGCUUAUGACAAUGUCUCUAUCACCUGUCUUCAGAACAUCCUUGUAGACCUUAGACUUCCGUCUCGACUCGUUAAUCUUAUCUCAGCCCUAGUUACCGAAAAGGCCCUCCACCUUGUCGGUGCGGACCCGUCGCAGGCCAGAUACUCAUACAAGGGCCUUCCCCAGGGUAGCCCUCUUAGCCCGCUAUUAUUCAAUGUAUAUGUUAGAGGAAUCAACGGAUUAGUCGGUGACGGAGUACAGGCUCUUAUCUACGCGGACGACAUAGCCCUAGUCACUACCGGGAAGAACAUAAACUCGUUGGCUAUACGCAUGAACGCGUCACUUGGCCGUCUCCAAGAGUUUCUGGAUUUCAGGAACCUCUCCCUGGUCCCUGAUAAGACUAAGUGCAUGCUGUUCUCAAGAAAGAGACGCCUUCUUGACCCUCUUAUUAGAAUAGGAAGCUCGAUAGUCAGAGUGGUCGAUUCACAUAGAUUCCUCGGAAUAUGGAUGGACGAUAAGUUGACCUGGAACAAACAGGUGGGCAGCUUGGGUCGUUCCUGUAUGCAGGGACUCAACAUGAUGAGAGCGGUGUCAGGUAGAGAUUGGGGAGGGGAACCGAGUACCCUCUUAUGUUUCUACAGGGCCUUUGUUCUGUCCAGACUGGAUUACGCGUGCUCCAUAUACUCCUUUUGUCCGGGAACAUCUCUGGCGGCUCUGGACAGGAUUCAAAAUCAGGCGCUUCGGAUCUGCCUGGGAGCCCUCAAGUCAACACCAAUCAACGUGCUCCAUUCUGAGAUGGGUAUUCCGCCUCUUCGGUUAAGAAGGAUGAGAUUGACCGCUCAAUACGUGAUUAAAUGUAGAGCUAUGGGCCCAACCUGUGUCCUCCCAGCCAUUCGACAAGCCGCAGACGCCUUCCGGUCUUCACCCUUCUGGACAUCCAGAGGAACCCCACUGCUGGUGCAGGAGUGGUUGGGUUCCGAAGCCGUAUCCACGAUCAUCGCUCCAGGAAUCCUAUCAGACGUUCUC